GCGCUAGAGGUCGUAAGGGGAGGACUGCCGCUCACGCUCACAACACUCUCCCACACACCCUCUACACACUACGCCAAUAUGAUGGGUCGGCAGGGAAUGUACGGCAACGUACACGGGUUGCCAGGGCUGCCCAAGUCCCAGGUGCCGCUGCAGACGUACCCGAGGCCCCCCAGGCUCCCUGUCAGGAUGCCGGCGCCGGCGCCAGCACCACCACCACAACCUCCCAGGUCGCGGACACCACCACCACUACACCCCAUCACCAUCAACCAGGCGGACCCUACAGCAGGACGGAGGCUGGACAUGCUGGAGCAGCGACUUAACGCCACCGAGCAGAGCAACCGGGCACUGCUGGACGAGCUGAUGCGUCUCCAGCAGGACCUGAAGAUGAACUUGAAGAGGACGGACAUGGGGCUGGCGGAGGAGAAGGACGCUAGGAGCCGCCUCGACAACACCCUCAGACAGUCACUCUCCAAGAACCUGGAGUACGACGACAGACUCAAACGCUGUGAGGACGCCAUUAAGGAGAACCGGAGUGCCAUACAGCAGAUGGCCUCCCACGCUAAGUCUAUUGAGAGGACCAUCACCAGCUUCCAACAGGACCAUGUUGACACCCGAAGUGACAGUGCCCAGAAGCUGCAGGAGUAUCGCCACGAGGUGCUGGCCAUGAACCAGAGCAAGGAGCAACUGGAGAGGCUGUGCUACUCUCUGAGAGACGAGAUGAGAGACACAGCCUCCAAGGUGGACAACAUCACCCAGGAGAUGACCUCCCUCGAGGCCAACGUCAGGAUGCAGGGCCGCCUCCUCGAGGACAACAGCAAGCGUGCUUAUACGCCGGCGCUGCCUCUGGUCAGAACUCCCGCUCCUCUCCCAGACGACAACAGGCUCACUGAGACGGCCAAGAGGGCCCUCGAGGGCAAACUCAUCCAGAUGAACACAACCAUCCAGGACUUGACCCAGAGACUCAACCAGGAGGCCAAGAAGCGGGAGAAAGCCGAGUCUGAGAUCAACGUCAGGAUGAACGAGUUGCUGGAGGACUACGGCAGCACCAAGGUGGAGAAGGACAAGGAGCUGCGGGACUUUGACGAGAAGAUGAAGGAGCUCCAGGCCGGCUUCAGCGCCAGCGAGAAGCAGCGCAUCUUGAUGGAGAUCUCUUCCGUGGCCCAGGAGCUAUCCCGCAGGAUAGAGGAGAAGGAAGUGAAGCUGAGGAACGACACCGUCAACAAGCUGGCAGUGAUCGAGAAGACGCUGCUGGAGGAGAACAAGCGGCGGGCGGCCAAGGAGAAGGAGCUCCAGGACUCCCUCGAGGCGCAGCUGCGCGAGCACAAGAUGUACGGGGACGAGGGCGCCGAGGCCCUCAAGAAGCACGUUGAUCAACACGGGGAGCUGACGAGAGGCAAGCUCGGGGAGAUGAACAACAACGUCGGGAUGCUUCAGGAACAGCUCAAGACGCACCGGCUGGAGCACCAGAAGGUCUUGGCGGCCGAGAUCACCGAGAGACAGAACACCCACAAGGUGUUGGAGGGUAAGAUUGAUGACGUUGAUGACCGGUCGAGGAUGGGCAUGGCGGAGCUGCAGGCGGCGCUGGGCAACAUGGCCGCCAAGACCACCACACAACCCAAGCAGAAGGCUCCUCCACCACCUGAUUAUGACGCACAGCGGCUGCCGCCCAUCAACACGGACGGCAUCAAGGAGCAGAUGGCCCGGGACGUGGCCCGCCUCGACUCCCGUCUGGCAGAUGUGGAGACCAAGUUGGCUCAGCAGGACGACCGCUUCGACACCAAGAUGCAGUCGACCAACAACCAGCACAAGGAGAACAACGCCAUCAUGGGAGACAAGAUGCAACAGCAGAUUGACGCCGUCAUCUUCAGUCAGGACCGUCUCAAGAAGCAGGUCGAUGCCUUGCAGACCAAGGUCCAGGACACGCCUAAGAGUGUGACGAACCUGAAGGAGGAGCUGCAGCAGGUGGAGGCCAACCUCAACAAGAAGCUUGAUCAAGAGAAGACAGAGAGGAUGGAUGACGACAAGGAACUCCGCACAGACAUUGACCGCAUUAUUGGCAAGGACCAGAAGACUGAUGCGGCUUUGACCAGCUUGGCACAGUUGACACAGGAUGUGGACGAGACACAGACGGGGAUGAAGAAACUGGCAGAGGCAGUACACGUGGUGAAGACCUCCCUCUCAAGCAAGCUGAAGGAUGAGACCAAGCUGCGGGAGCAGGAGGCUGGCCUCCUGAGGCGAGACGUGGACCUCCUCAACACCAAGUACACGGAACUCCGGGAGAAAUACAAGCCCAAAACCACAGCUGCUGCCUCCUAACUUCCCAGGCUCCCACAACGCCUUCUUACAGUGUAUAUAACAUAACCGGUUACCUUCGUAAAUUAUUCACUAUAAACAAAACCAUUUAAAUAAGACAAGAUGAAUUAUUAGAAUGUAGAGAAUGAAAUGUUUAGAACUUACUGAAAAUAUUAACAUCUUUUAUCUGUUAAAAGUGUUACAGAUGAUCAGAAACAUCUAAUGCGACAUAAAAACUGCACAUGUUCAGCUGCUGCUUAACAAUGAUUAACAUGUGCAUAUGACACCUUGAUGAAAUAUUAACAUUUCCAUAACAACAGUAUGGCUUGGCUACUGUAUUGUUCAUGACACCCUUGCUGCAGGAUAUACAACAACAGUAUGACUUGGCUACUGUAUUGUUCAUGACACCCUUGCUGCAGGAUAUACAACAGUAUAGCUUGGCUACUGUAAUGUUCAUGACACCCUUGCUGCAGGAUAUACAACAACAGUAUGGUUUAGCUACUGUAUUGUCCAUAAGUUUCUCUCUCAAAUGGGGUGAGAAUAGCUUGAACUACUGCAUGCCUUUGUAUGUACCCCUGUAUUUAUACCUCGAUAAACGUCUUUCAAUUUCCUAAGCUCCUGCCGAGAAGUGGAGUUUAAGACUAGAGGUCUAGAUAUUGAGUGCAUAUAACUUGCAUGACUGUCACCAAUGUUGUCAUGCAACACUUCAAGUUUUACAUUCAAAGUAAGAAUGAUGUGAUCAAAGUAGGUUAGGGAGCAUGUAGUUAACAUUAACUCAUUAUUAUAAUCUAUUUAUUUGUUAUCAAAUAUUUCUCUAUACAUUUUAGUUAUUUGAGUAAACUAUUGUAGUGUGUACUGCUGCAUCAAGUUAUUGGAUUACAUAUUAUUUAGCUAAUUAUAAUUUUUUGACUUGAGAAAAUAGAAAUACUAUGAUGUAAUGUUGUCAAACUAAAGUUGUUUCUGAGGAUGAAUAAUCCAGUGUUAAAUGGUGGGUGGUGAGGGUGACUUGGUGAGCUAGGUGCCUGGUGAGCGCCAAGCUUCCCAAGCACCAACAGGCCAGUGUGACUCACAAGUAUCUACUGGAGACCACAACCACAAUUUAUUCCACUCAUUGCAAGCUAAGGGAGUCUGGGAGUACAAGAUCAAGCCAAGAGGAAAACCCCACCGAAGGCCAGAGCACCCCAAAAUUAUCAACUGCAUAGACACAUUAGCAACCCUGUUAACUAUACACACAUACACAUUUAGCCAAUUACUACCAUUACUUAGUUCAGUUCAGGACUGAACUUCAGAAAGACUUUUAGAGUAAAAUGGUGAGAGAAGCUGCUGAAGGGCAAAUGGAGUCCAUGCCAGACAAUCCCAGGGAUAGCAAAACGGGCAAUACUGGAGAAACGGGCACAGCAAAUAAAGCCAAACCCCGCCAAGUAGCAGCCUGUCCUCUGAACAAAGACCCAAAAGUGAUUCCAUGCACCCACCAAACCCAGUUUAUGAAUGAAAAACGGUUUACACAUGACUCUGCUGAUUUCGUUCGAACACUUCUGGAACAAGUGCUUCACUGACUAAUUUUGU